AUGGGUGUCGUGAAGCUUCAUCUUCCAAGAAAUGUUUAUUGGAGACCCUGGCUACCUGAAAACCGAAUGUGGAAAAGAAAUGGACUCUUAGCUGCUGCACAAGGAUUUGUUCUUUCUUAUUUAUUAUCCUCAUCACUUGCACAUUGGGAAUGGGCGUCUCCUAAAAGAGGCUAUCAACUUGUAGAUCCUAAUGCUGACUACGCAAAGCCUAUCCGCCUGCUUUAA